GCGUGUGUGCGUGUGAGUGUGUGUGUGUAUGUGUCUGAGGGGCGGAGCUGCCCGUGCCGCCGUCUUUUCCUCCUCCUCCGCCGCCGCCGCCGCCGCAACCCUGCUGGGGAUUUGAAAGCUUAGAAAGUCCCGGCGGAGAGGGCGGCGGCGGCGUUGAAUGUGUGGCGGAAGCGCCGGGGGCCCACGGCCGGGCAUCCGGGCACUAUGAAUUACCCGGGCCGCGGGUCUCCGCGGAGCCCGGAGCAUAACGGCCGGGGCGGCGGCGGUGCCUGGGAGCUGGGCACGGACGCGGCGCCGGCGUUCGGCGGUGGCGGCGGCGGCGGCGUGCGCUGCUUCGAGCACCUGCCGGGCGGAGAGCCGGGCGAGGGCGGCGUGGCCCUGGCCCUGCUGCGCGGGGAGCCGGGGCUGCGCUUGACGCCGGGCGCCGACGACCUGCACCCGCUGGCUCUGGACUCGUGCCUCAGUGACGAGAACUAUGACUUCAGCUCGGCCGAGUCGGGCUCGUCGCUGCGCUACUACAGCGCGGGCGAGAGCGGCGGCGGCGGCGGCGGCUCGUCCCCUCAGCAGCCGCCUCUGGUCCCCACGAUCUCGGGAGGCGGCGGGGCGGCGGGAGGGGGUCCCGGGGAGAGGAAACGCGCACGGCCCGGCGGCCCGGCCGCCAGGCACCGCUACGAGGUAGUGACGGAGCUGGGCCCGGAGGAGGUGCGUUGGUUCUACAAGGAGGACAAGAAGACCUGGAAACCUUUCAUCGGUUACGACUCUCUCCGCAUCGAGCUCGCCUUCCGGACACUGCUGCAAGCCACGGGUUCCCGACCCCGGACCGAGGCCCGGCAUGACGACCAUCACAGUGGAUGCGGCCGGGCCUCCAGCUCCGGAGAGGAAGACGAGGAGGAUCGAGCGUGCGGCUUCUGCCCGCGCGCGGCGGGAGCCGAGCUCCGGGACGUGGAGGAGCAGCUGGUCCACAUCGAGCCGGUGUGCGUGCGGGGCGGUCUCUACGAGGUGGAUGUGACUCAAGGAGAGUGCUACCCGGUGUACUGGAACCAAGCUGAUAAAAUACCAGUUAUGCGUGGUCAAUGGUUUAUUGAUGGAACUUGGCAGCCUCUAGAAGAAGAAGAAAGUAAUUUGAUUGAGCAGGAACAUCUCAGUUGUUUUAGAGGUCAGCAGAUGCAAGAGAAUUUUGAUAUUGAAGUGUCAAAAUCCAUAGAUGGAAAAGAUGGCAGUGGGAUCAGCUACUCUGUUGUCUACCACCUCCCUCCCUUCUCCCUCCCUUCUCUGUUCAAAUGGAGAGGAUAUAAGGAGAGUACAGAUGCGGCAGGUCUUAAACGAAAGCGUUCCCAAGCUAUUCAUAGUUUCAAAUUGAGUCGAAAUCAUGUGGACUGGCACAGUAUGGAUGAAGUGUAUCUUUAUAGUGAUGCAACAACAUCUAAAAUUGCACGAACAGUUACCCAAAAACUAGGAUUUUCUAAAGCCUCAAGUAGUGGGACCAGACUUCAUAGAGGUUACGUAGAAGAAGCCACAUUUGAAGACAAGCCGUCACAGACCACCCACAUUGUGUUUGUUGUGCAUGGCAUUGGACAGAAAAUGGACCAAGGAAGAAUUAUCAAAAACACAGCCAUGAUGAGAGAGGCUGCAAGGAAAAUAGAAGAAAGGCAUUUUUCCAACCAUGCAACACAUGUUGAAUUCCUGCCUGUUGAGUGGCGGUCAAAACUAACUCUUGAUGGAGAUACUGUUGAUACCAUUACUCCAGACAAAGUACGAGGUUUAAGGGACAUGCUGAACAGCAGUGCAAUGGACAUAAUGUAUUAUACAAGCCCACUUUAUAGAGAUGAACUAGUUAAAGGCCUUCAGCAAGAGCUGAAUCGAUUAUAUUCCCUUUUCUGUUCUCGGAAUCCAGACUUUGAAGAAAAAGGGGGUAAAGUCUCAAUAGUGUCCCAUUCAUUGGGGUGUGUGAUCACUUAUGACAUAAUGACUGGCUGGAAUCCAGUUCGACUCUAUGAACAGUUGCUGCAGAAAGAAGAAGAGUUGCCUGAUGAACGGUGGAUGAGUUAUGAAGAACGACAUCUUCUUGAUGAGCUGUAUAUAACCAAACGACGGCUGAGGGAAAUAGAAGAGCGACUCCAUGGAUUGAAGGCAUCGUCCAUAGCACAAACACCUGCCUUAAAAUUUAAGGUGGAGAAUUUCUUCUGUAUGGGAUCCCCACUAGCUGUAUUUUUGGCAUUGCGUGGCAUCCGACCAGGAAAUACUGGUAGUCAAGACCACAUUUUGCCGAGAGAGAUUUGUAACCGCUUAUUAAAUAUUUUUCAUCCUACAGAUCCAGUGGCCUAUAGAUUAGAACCACUGAUACUGAAACACUACAGCAACAUUUCACCGGUCCAGAUCCACUGGUACAACACUUCAAAUCCUUUACCAUAUGAGCACAUGAAGCCAAGCUUCCUCAACCCAGCUAAAGAACCUACCUCAGUGUCAGAGAGUGAAAGCAUCUCAGCUCUUCCAAGCCCUGUGACCUCCCCUGUCCUAUCGCGCCGACACUAUGGAGAAUCUAUAACUAACAUAGGCAAAGCAAGCAUAUUAGGAGCUGCUAGCAUUGGAAAGGGGCUCGGAGGAAUGCUCUUCUCCAGAUUUGGACGUUCGUCAACAUCACAGGCAUCUGAGACAUCAAAAGACAUGAUGGAAGAUGAGAAGAAGGUGGCCGCUUCUCCGCCAACUACCACCGUGGCCACACAGACCCUGCCACACAGCACUUCAGGCUUUCUUGACUCCGCAUAUUUCAGACUUCAAGAAUCGUUCUUUUAUCUCCCACAACUUCUUUUUCCGGAAAAUGUAAUGCAGAAUAAAGAUAAUGCCCUCGUGGAAUUGGAUCACAGGAUUGAUUUUGAACUCCGAGAAGGCCUUGUGGAGAGCCGCUAUUGGUCAGCUGUCACAUCACAUACUGCCUAUUGGUCGUCCUUGGAUGUCGCCCUCUUUCUUUUAACAUUCAUGUACAAACAUGAGCAUGAUAAUGAGGCAAAACCCAAUUUAGAUCCAAUCUGAACUCCUGAAGGAUAUUAAUGGCCCAAAACUGAUUUUGUUUUCUUGUUAAAAUGUGUCAAGAUACAGAGAUUUCAGAGUUCCAGUUUUGUUUAGAGCAAGAAAUGUUUGAAUUUAAAAGCACUUUAUUUUGUUUUUUUAAAAAAACCACAUUUUUAAUGUUUUCAGUCCUAAAGAAGUCACUUUCCGUCAUUUUGAUUGAGUAUGGCAGAACCCCUGCAGAGAAUCAAGACUAGAAGUGAGAAAGGAACUGAAUGUAAAAGAUGUACGUCAGUCACAAUCCAGUUCUCCAAGAUAUCAAGGCAUAGUAAUGAGUUGACUCUUGUAUUAAUCACAAUGUGUUACAAAGCUAAAAUGUUCUGUGUAAAGAUUAUAAUAUGGCAUCAUUGUUUUGGAUUCUGUGAAAACUUCCAUUUUCACAGUUCCUUUGAAAGAACUUCAACUGUUUGAAAUUUGUCUUUAAAAAAUACCUAAUACUAAAACAAUAUUUGAACUACUAUAUUUAUAAUUUAUUAUCUAACCAAUUGCUUUAUUUCAGUGUAUGAAACAUUACAUUUUUUUAGUGUUUCCUUUGAGCAUAAUUUAAGAACCACAUUUAUUUUCUAUAAUGUUGAGGCCCUUUUUCUCAGAACUCCAUCUUUGUACUCUUCAGAUGAAUAUAUGACACUGUGGCAUACUUGAAGUAUUUUUUUUCCAUUAAAAUGUUUCACACAACACUAGUUCAAUUAUUUUCUUAAAAAUGAACUUUUUAUUAUGUCACAUGUACCUCAAAAAUCUAAAAUUUUCUAAACUUGACACAGAGGACUUACAUUGGAUAUAUUUCAUUGACUUCAUUAGAAAAUUAGUACGUUCUUUGGGAUAAGAGAAUAUUUCAAGUACUUCAAAUAUGUAAACAUCUGUGUGCCAAACAGCCAACAUAUAUAACCAGAUGGAGUGCCACUAACUUUUAAUGUUUCAAGUGUUAAAGCAUGGCGACAUAGGCACUGGGAAGAUUUUCCUCAGCUGUAACUGUUUCCACAGUGCUUUUCAUCUGAGGAGCUCAAAGUGCUAUAGGAAGUGUGCAUUCGGUGAUCUGUGUAAGUCGCUCCUUGAGGUGAGUGAGUGGUAUUCUUAUGUUCCACGCUAAUAUGCCAAGGCACCAAAACACUAAAGUGCCUUGCAUUAAGUGACAUAGCAAAUUAGAAAUGCUUGGCAUGAAGCCAGACCAUAUGCCCUUUUCUAUGCUAUUUAAUGUCUGAUAAGUCACUUGUAACCUCUUAGCCUCCAAACAGUAACAAACUGAAGAAAUGAACCUACAAUAAAUUCUUGGGUACUUACAUGCAGAGGAGCAGUUAACUUCAGGAGGGAACAGUAGCCAUCUCUGCCACACCCAGCCCUCACUUCUGAGGGACCUCCUCUAGGUUCUGCUAAAGGUGCUGUCUUGACUUAGUGUCCAGUAAUGAUGGUGAAGUGGGAGCGCAGCUGGCUGCCCACAAUUCCUCGGUUCCUGUCCUGUAAGAUGGUGGAGUCUGGCUUCUUGUGGGUUUUACUCCUCACCCUCCUCACCAUCACAACUGUUGGCUAUUUGGGCCUUUCACUGAAUCUGCAAACAUAAAGCAUUUCUUUUUAGUGUUUAAAAAUUCCAAGGCUCCGUGACCAAGUCCUUGGCUCACUGAGAAACCCUUGCUAUAAAAGGCUUUUCAUGAGAUCUUAGCAAAGCUGAAGCAAUGCCAUUUGAAUUUAGAGAUUCCUAUGAACUCAGGUCAUUUUCACAGCGUGUUUAUUUAGUAGGUCUCAUUUUUUUCUCAGGAAAAAUGAAACUGUCGUAUGGCUGUCAUUAAAGGUACUUGAGCUUAUGUUGCUGUAGGUGAUGUGAAAACUCAGUGCCUCAGCCUAAAGGGAUUCCUUCCUAACCACUGGAACGUGAAGAGCCCUUUACCUUAAGAGAGUGGAAUUCUGUGAAGCAUUUUGAUUUUCUAUCAUUGACUAAAAGGAAAAGUAUGUUCCCAUAACCAAAGGAGUAUGUCUGCUUCCUUCUGUUCAUGCUGAGAAAACCGUCGAGUUUGACCACUUGGAGUUUAGGUGAAUCCCAGGAAAGAGCAGCAUUCAGAAUAGAUCUUCUGAGUACUGACCAUGUGCGCUUCCAGUUCAAGAUUGCAUCCAUAGAGACGGUGGUUUGGGUUUACAGUACUCGUUUCCAUGUCUGCAUGUUAUCAUGGGAUGUACUUGUAUAUUCUCAAGUAAUAUACAGAGUAUGUAUAAUUCUGGCUUGAUUUAGAAGUUACCAAGUAACAUUUUGAAACUUUAUUCCAGUAAGUUCUAAAUUGGCCCAAAAAAAGUGUUGAUUUUGAUACUAUUAAAAUUUUAUUCUCUA